UUCUUUUUUUUCUUUUUUUUCUUUUUUUUUUUUGCUACAACGAAAAGCAAAACUGUUUUUUUCUUUUCUGAGCUAGUGUGUUGUAUCUUGACAUGUUCCCUUGCAAUAUCCCUAUCGUUAUAUAUUCCUCUGUGCCGUAUGAAUUGGCUGGGAAACUCCUCCUGCAACCCCUCCUCAAACAACCAUGUGAAUUUCCAAACCAACCAAUGCGUGACGCUGGCUGCUGCGCUGGUUUGAAAAUCUGAUUGGUGAAUGAUGAAUUCCCGGUCUGCCUGGGCCAGCAGCGGAGUCGACAGAGCAGCAGAAGGGCCAAGAGUGUGGAGGACGACGACGAGGGGCAUCUGAUCUAUCGCGUCGGCGACUGGCUACAAGAAAGAUAUGAGAUUAUUAGCACCCUAGGCGAAGGCACGUUCGGCAGAGUGGUGCAGUGCAUCGAUCACCGGAGGGGUGGUGCACGUGUUGCUCUCAAAAUCAUUAAAAACGUAGAGAAGUACAAAGAGGCUGCUCGACUGGAAAUUAAUGUGCUGGAGAAAAUCAACGAGAAGGAUCCUGAGAACACAAAUCUUUGCGUCAGGAUGUUUGACUGGUUUGACUACCAUGGCCACAUGUGCAUCUCCUUCGAACUGCUGGGGCUCAGCACCUUCGAUUUCCUGAAGGACAACAACUACCUGCCUUACCCCAUCCACCAAGUCCGGCACAUGGCCUUCCAGGUGUGCCAGGCCGUGAAAUUUCUGCACGACAAUAAACUCACCCACACUGACCUCAAGCCGGAGAACAUCCUCUUCGUGAACUCUGACUACGAACUCUCCUACAACCUGGAAAAGAAGCGGGACGAGCGGAGCGUGAAGAGCACGGCCAUCAGAGUGGUGGACUUCGGCAGCGCCACGUUUGAUCACGAGCAUCACAGCACGAUCGUCUCUACCAGGCACUACCGGGCCCCCGAGGUCAUACUGGAGCUUGGCUGGAGCCAGCCCUGUGAUGUGUGGAGCAUUGGCUGCAUCAUCUUUGAGUAUUAUGUGGGUUUCACCCUGUUCCAGACACAUGACAACCGGGAGCACCUGGCCAUGAUGGAGAGGAUCUUGGGGCCAAUUCCUUCUCGGAUGAUCCGGAAGACGAGGAAACAGAAAUAUUUCUACCAUGGCCGCCUGGACUGGGACGAGAACACUUCCGCUGGCCGCUACGUGAGGGAGAACUGCAAACCGCUGCGGCGAUACUUGACCUCCGAGGCUGAAGACCAUCACCGCCUCUUCGACCUCAUCGAGGGCAUGCUGGAGUACGAGCCGUCCAAGCGCAUCACCCUGGCCGAGGCCCUCAAGCACCCCUUCUUUGACAUGCUGGAGAUGGAGCCGAGCACAAAAAUGUGGGACUCUAGCAGGGACAUCAGCCGGUGAUGCCACAGGUGCCAGCCUGCCCUCAGAUUCUAGCCCCCGUGGAGGCCUGUGUGAUUUCAGACACUUGGUGCUUUUUUUUUUUUUUUUUUUUAAUACCUGAGAACUCCUCCCUGGACAGGUUUGUAAAGCUGUUAAUAUGUGAGAUACUGUAAAUAGCCCGUAUUCUAUAUCGGCCUCAGCACCACAGGCCCCUUCCUGCUGCGCUGCUGCCGUUCCUGCGAGGCGCAGGGCCCAUCUGUCCGCACUGUACAUACCUCUGCUCCGUGUCGCUUCGUCCCCUCUCCUGCCCUCCUCGGUGUAAAUACUCCAGGGCUUGCAGCUCUCUGUAGCUUCUCUGUUUCCCUGUAAGUUAUGAAACUGGUGGGACUGCAUGGGAAUUAUUUUUUGGAUCAAUGUCAUAGCCCAUCCCCACACCAGAGUUUUAUAGGAAAUUUUGUACAGUCUUUGUGAAAAAUAAAUAUGAAGUGAAUAAAAAAACCUGCUCUGGGAGCUUUCCCCGC